UUGGAGUACGGGUGGUGGUGGUGACUCGCGCCACGUCUGCCUCUUCUACUUGCAACCCCCGAAAGCUUCACUCGUAUCAUCCGCUCAACUGCGCCGUUCACGCAUAAAGCACGACUAGUCUGACGAUCCCCAACUAAGAAUAUGGGCAAGGAGAAAAUCCACAUAAACAUCGUGGUGAUCGGUCACGUCGACUCAGGUAAGUCGACAACAACCGGUCACCUGAUCUACAAAUGUGGUGGUAUCGACAAGCGUACCAUCGAAAAAUUCGAAAAGGAAGCUCAGGAAAUGGGCAAAGGCUCGUUCAAGUACGCUUGGGUACUUGACAAGCUGAAGGCUGAACGCGAGCGUGGUAUCACCAUUGAUAUCGCACUCUGGAAAUUUGAGACAGCCAAGUACUACGUAACUAUCAUCGAUGCUCCUGGACAUCGUGAUUUCAUCAAGAACAUGAUCACUGGCACGAGUCAAGCUGACUGUGCCGUACUCAUCGUUGCUGCUGGAAUUGGUGAAUUCGAAGCUGGUAUCUCCAAAAACGGUCAAACCCGUGAGCAUGCUUUGCUCGCCUUCACCCUCGGUGUUAAACAAUUAAUUGUUGGAGUGAAUAAGAUGGACAUGACUGAGCCGCCAUACUCGGAAACGCGUUUCGAGGAGAUCAAGAAAGAAGUGUCAUCGUACAUAAAAAAAAUCGGCUAUAAUACCGCAUCCGUGGCAUUCGUGCCCAUAUCUGGUUGGCACGGUGACAAUAUGCUCGAGCCAUCAUCCAACAUGCCUUGGUUCAAGGGUUGGAAAGUCGAGCGUAAGGACGGCAAUGCCGAGGGUAAAACAUUGAUCGAAGCACUCGACGCUAUCUUGCCGCCGUCAAGACCUACGGAUAAACCGUUACGUUUGCCGCUUCAGGAUGUGUACAAGAUUGGUGGUAUCGGUACCGUACCAGUUGGUCGUGUGGAAACUGGUAUUCUGAAACCUGGUAUGGUAGUGACAUUUGCUCCUGCUAACCUCACCACUGAGGUUAAAUCAGUGGAAAUGCAUCAUGAAGCUCUUACUGAGGCCGUACCCGGUGACAAUGUAGGAUUCAACGUCAAAAAUGUCUCCGUGAAAGAUCUUCGUCGUGGUUACGUCGCUGGUGAUUCCAAGAAUCAACCACCAAAGGGUGCUCAAGACUUUACUGCUCAAGUUAUUGUACUCAACCAUCCCGGACAGAUUGCCAAUGGAUACACUCCUGUGCUCGAUUGUCACACCGCUCAUAUCGCUUGCAAGUUUGCUGAGAUCAAGGAGAAGUGCGACCGUCGUACCGGUAAGACUACUGAAGAGAAUCCGAAGAGUGUGAAGAGCGGCGAUGCGGCUAUAGUAUUGUUACAACCGACUAAGCCAAUGUGCGUCGAGUCAUUCCAAGAGUUUCCGCCUCUUGGAAGAUUUGCUGUACGUGAUAUGCGACAGACUGUGGCUGUGGGAGUCAUUAAGAGCGUGAAUUUCAAAGAAAUUCAGGGCAAAGUAACAAAAGCCGCGGAGAAGGCCCAGAAGAAAAAGUAACCAUCAAGCUUCCUCGGAAGCCAAAGAACCCGCCUCGGCGAUGACCAUUAUCUCUCAACAGAAACAGCAACAACCCUCGCGGUCAAGGUCGCCGUCGACGAAAUCACAUCAUCCGUCGUUAUCGUCAAGCAUCCGCAUCAUCAUCAUCAGCAACAUCAUUACCAUCAUCAUCAGAAUUGUUUAGCUCGUUGUUGUUGGCCAGCAGCCAUCGAGUUACCAACAGGUCGUUCAUACGAGUCAAAUCUUAUUCAGUCAGCCAAACCUUAUCAUCUUCACGAGCCCGUGAUUUCACGCUAUCCAGUGGUCCUUAAUCCGCGCAUUUAUCCGAAUCUCCAUAUUCAGUUCACUCACGCCCCGCGCACACCAUGUAUCUGCUAGGGACGGCUCAAUCAGUCGUGGCGAUUCCAUAACAUCGUCGACUUUUGCCACGGCUAGCAUAACAAUGCCACCCGUUGGCUUAUCUUCCGUAACACACAUUCUCUUCACGACAGAUGACAGUGUCAUCUACCUUGGUCGUUUAUAUUAUACAAAUCGAAAAGGCUUUGUUUACGAUGAAAAAUCAAAUGAAUAAAUAUCGAGUUGAAUUUUUACGAAGCCUACACCCGAUGACUGUUAGAUUGCAAAUGAUUGAAUAAUUAACAAUUGCUUAAAUAAUGAAUAUGGAAUUGAACUUUACAAUUUUUAUUUCGUGUACGUGUGGAGAAUCAUUUCAAAAAAUGAAUAAGGGAGAAUCAUGCAAACGGGUGGUAUUGUGGAAAACACUCGCAUUUGUCCCCUAAACAAACUCCGGCGUAGUUAGGUUUAGAUCUAACUCGACAAGACAAAGAUUUACACGGGGAUUUUUUAGAUUUGAACGGAAUCAUUUGUAUGUUCACGAUUAAUAAAUGUAUGGUAAAUGAAUUUUCUUUACUGACGUGAUAAAAUAUUUAUAAAACACACUGUUUACGUAAUUUUGUACGAAGUAACGCACAUUUUGCAUGUACACUUUUUAUACCGAAAAGUACAAUCGAUUGAUUCCAAAAAAUGAAUUUCCCUAAAAAAUUGCUGUUAUUUUGAUUUAUUCAGAAUUUUUUUAGAUGUGAAAAACAACGUAUCAUGUUUGAAAACAUUAAUAAAUAUACUUUUAAAUUUCGUCGUAACUUGUGAAAAAUUUCAAAUGCUUUAUUUUUUUAAUAAUAUGUUCAUACAUGUCAAGAACAUAAAGAAAAAAGUUAUCAAUAACUGUUCAAAUCUCAAGAAAAUCACCCACGAAAAUCAAGACAAGUUUUUCGUCGUCUCAAUCGCACGUUGAAAAUACGUUGUCAAAUAAAGAAAAAAGCAAAAAAUUCUCAAGGCUGAAAAAAUGUGUUUAUCCAAACUCACUUGUAUUGAUUGCGAAUCACCAUUUAAUACUAUUAUUACUAAUAUUAUUGCUAAUUAUUGUACUAUCAAUCAUAAUUUAUACUAGUAGUGUUAUUGUUACGAUUAUUGCUAUUAUUAAUAUUUAUUUACUAUAAAAAAUACCAAAAAAGAAGGAAAUAAAUGAAGCAUUCACGAACGCAACGUCGACGUUCUCUAUACGAACAAGGGCAUGUUAUAGAAAAUGUGAUUGUUUAAUUUUGUAGCGAUUAUUAUAUCACCAAUCAACAAUGAACGAAAAAAAGGAACAUGAAAAUUAGAAUGAUAUGCGCACGCGAGCAUCGUAAGUCCUGGCCUGGCUGACCUUGGAUGUAUUCGGAUGAUGAGUUCGCAAGCGAACAAGUAUUGCAUGCGUAAACGAUCGGCAAUUAUAACGAAACAAAAAUAAUAUGUAAAACGGUAGAAAAUACGGGGAUUGACCAUUGAAAAUCAUGUAACUCUCUGAAGUCACCAUUUAACCUUUACUCUCCCUUCUAUAAAAUCCCUUAACCGAAACCCUCCGCCCCCUCAAGUAUCACGUAUAUAAUAUAUGAUAUAUACACGAAAGAAAACAUUGUAGGCGCGUUCUGCGAAUUGCGUUUACCCCCGCAUUCCCCUCAUAGCCAGUAUUAUGUUGAUGUAAUAAAAUAACAACUUUUAAUCGCCACCAUUAGUGGACAGAUUUUUAUUCUGCAUUCAUGGUAGUUGAGUAUGCAUCUUUUCGACUUAUAUUUAUUAUUACUUUCUUUUUUAAAGAUUUUUUUUUCUAUUCUACCGCAAGUUUUCUUCGUUACCUAUCUCAUAUGUUUCUUUUUUUAAUUUUUAGUGAAAUAAAGUAAGUGUUUACUCAAUCGUUUUAUUAAUUCCUCAAUUUUGUGGAAUUUAAUACCAUUUUUUUCAUAUUAAUUGUACGAGAAUGUUGACGAUCAGUAAAUAAUGAAGUAAUAUUAUUAUUACUAUACUAUCA